UCCUGAUGGUCAAGGUGGGAGAACCCAGCCGCAAUGCCUGACGGGACACAUCCAUCCUCCUUUUCCCUUCCUGCUAUCCAAAUAUGGAACCUUCACGGCUCAAGGAAAGGCCAGCAGCCGAUCGGAGAAUGAUCAAGUUCGUGCUAAUGGUAAACCGACAGGGUCAGACCAGGCUGUCCAGGUAUUAUCACUCUGUGGAGCUGAGCAGGAGAGCAGCGCUUGAGGCCGAUGUAGUACGCUACUGCCUGAGCCGCAAGAAAGAUCAGUGUUCCUUUGUGGAGUACAAAGACUUUAAAGUGGUUUACCGCCAGUAUGCUGCUCUGUAUAUCGUGGUGGGCAUCACAGACAGUGAGAAUGAGCUGUCCAUCUACGAGCUGGUUCAUAACUUCGUGGAGGUCUUGGAUAAAUACUUCAGCCGGGUGUCUGUGUAUUUCUCCCUACAGAGUGAACUGGAUAUAAUGUUCAAUCUGGAUCGAGUUCAUAUCAUCCUGGAUGAGAUGAUCCAGAAUGGACACAUUGUGGAAACAAACAAGAGCCGCAUCCUCGCUCCCCUCACCGCCAUUGACAAGAUGGUGGAGAGCUGACAAAAAGAAGAAAGGGAGUCACGGACUGUCCUUCAAGCUCGAGGAAUGGCCCACAGCUUACUGUAUGAAUUUAGAAUCUGGUUAAAGGUACUGAUGUUAAAAAAAAAAAAAAAAAAAACAAAACAAAAAAAAAAACCAACUACUCAGUGCCAACAUGAACUCUGGUCAGUAUAUUAAUACACAUCUGUAUACUGUAUCCAGAUGUUUGAGCUGCACAGCUGAGAGCAGGAAGCCUCCCUCUGAAGUUGGCCAGUUUGAAUUAUUCAGGAGGAAAACUGGUUGUGUGAAUUUAGCGGGAAAUAAAUUACAUUUUUUAAAUUUGUCUUUUGGGGUAUUGGCAGACCACAGGGAUUGUUUUGACUGAGCUGGCCACACAUGUAAAAUAUCUGUAACAAACCAAAAUGUAAAGACAUUUGGCGGUAUUUUUUGUAUAUGUAUAAACCUAAAACAUUAAUAAAAAAAAUAUAUAUAUAAAAAAA